AUGUCUACCCACCAGAAGAGGAAGUCUCGCCGGAAGCGCCGCUUCACCACCGGAAAGCGCAAGCCUUCCCGGAGCAUGGUGGGCCGCAGGAUCGAGCACGGCUGGCGGGAGGACGACGGCCUGGUGUCGCAGUGGACGGGGACCAUCCUGAACCAGGUGCUCGUGAGCCCUUCCUUGUACCUGAUCAAGUACGACGGGUUCCACUGCGUGUACGGACUGGAGCUGAGCAACGACGAGAACGUGUGCGCCCUCAAGAUCCUCCCCGACCGGGUGGCCGCGUCUCGCAUCAGCGACCAGCACUUAGCCCGGUUAGCCGACGCCAUGAUUGGCAAGACGGUGAAGCACGUGUUCGAGGCGGAGGAUGGCUCCAGACACGAGUGGAAGGGAGUGGUCCUGGCGCGGGUGCCCGAUAUGAACACGUGGUUUUACAUCACCUACGAGAAAGACCCCAUUUUGUACACGUACCAGCUCCUGGAUGACUACCGGGCCGGCGACCUUUACAUCAUGCCCGACUCGAUCGAGUCGCUGCCGACGCCCAGGGAGCUGGCGAUUGUGGACAGCAUGAAAGGCAAACGACUGCGAUGCGAGAAAACGGACGGCUCGAGAAACAUUGGCAUGGUCAUUCAUCAGGUGAAAGCCAAGCCGUCCAUGUGCUUCAUCAAGUUCGAUGAUGAUUACCACGUCUACGUCUACGAUUUGGUGAAACAGUGCUAA